AUGCUCUUGUCAGCAACGCAUUGGGUUUGGACAGGUUUUGGCGAUUCAGAAGGUAGUUUCAAACCGCCUUCUGUUAUCCUCUUCCAAGGCUGUGGACAGGGUAAUGGGGCAGGACCUCCUAUAUGGAUCUCUGACACCGCUACCCUGUGGGCGAGGGGAAUCCGAGCUACUGGAGGCGCAAUCAAACCCAAGAAGUCUUUUUGGUGGCUCAUCGAUUUUGAUUGGGACUCACGCAUAGGCACAUGGAAAUUUCGUGGUAAAAAAGUAGUUGCCCCAGACUUCGAGCUCCAAAUUCAAGGUCUAUCAGGUGCUACCAAAUCCUUGCGGCGCCUCGAACCAGACGACUCUGAACGCACUCUGGGGGUGAUGCUUGCCCCUUUGGAAAACCUUAAGGCUCAUGAGCGUCAGCUGCUUGCUAAAGCCAAGAAUUGUGCAGAACAGCUUUGGCCCAACCUUCUUCACAAAUAUGACGUCCUUCCCCUCACCAGGUCAACCAUCAUGAAGAAAUUGGAGUACCCCAUGGCACUAACCACCUCGGAUGCCCAGCAAUGGGCAGACAUUAUGUCUCUGGUACUUGCCAGAGGCCGGUGUAUGUUGCAAUUUCCCUCGGGCUCCUCUGUCCUAUCAGGGUCUUGGACUCCCACACCCAUUUGUGUGUCAAGCGUUUAA